AUGGCGGAGAGAAGCGCAUCGUUUAGCGGUAGAGAGCGACGAGGGGAAUCGGAAGGACGGGAAGAGCGGUCGGCAGGAAGGCACGAGGCGGGGGCUAGUUGGGCGAUGGCGGAAAGAUGCGCAUCGUUUAGCGGUAGAGAGCGACGAGGGGAAUCGGAAGGACGGGAAGAGCGGUCGGCAGGAAGGCACGAGGCGGGGGCUAGUUGGGCGAUGGCGGAAAGAUGCGCAUCGUUUAGCGGUAGAGAGCUGCGAGGGGAAUCGGAGGGACGGGAAGAGCGGUCGGCAGGAAGGCACGAGGCGGGGGCUAGUUGGGCGAUGGCGGAAAGGUGCGCAUCGUUUCGCGGUAGAGAGCGGCGAGGGGAAUCGGAGGGACGGGAAGAGCGGUCGGCAGGAAGGCACGAGGCGGGGGCUAGUUGGGCGAUGGCGGAAAGAUGCGCAUCGUUUAGCGGUAGAGAGCGGCGAGGGGAAUCGGAGGGACGGGAAGAGCGGUCGGCAGGAAGGCACGAGGCGGGGGCUAGUUGGGCGAUGGCGGAAAGAUGCGCAUCGUUUAGCGGUAGAGAGCGGCGAGGGGAAUCGGAGGGACGGGAAGAGCGGUCGGCAGGAAGGCACGAGGCGGGGGCUAGUUGGGCGAUGGCGGAAAGAUGCGCAUCGUUUAGCGGUAGAGAGCGGCGAGGGGAAUCGGAGGGACGGGGAGAGCGGCGGUGUGCGGAGCUGGAUGUGGCGGGAGAAGGAAGCGCGGAGAUGGAAGGGUGCAGCAAGUCGUUAGAGGAGCAGCUUGGCGCAUGUUGGCGAGAAAUAAAGGGGCUGCGAGAGCAGGAAAAGGAACUCAACAGCAAGAUCGCGGAACUGCACUGCGCGUUGCGCGCGGAGGAGGAGGUGGCGCGCGCGACGGAGCGCGAGGCGGAGGCGGAGUGUUGGCGGAGGAUGGCGGCGGAGAGAAGAGUGGCGGCGCUGGAGCGAGAGGUGGCGGGGCUCGAGGCGGAGGUGGCGGGGCUCGAGGCGCAGGUGGCGGACCUCCUGGCGCAGACCAGCGAAGCGGAGAGCGCGGCGGAGCGGAGCGAGGCGGCGGCGCAGGCGGCGCAGGACGCGUGCGCGCUGGGCGAGGAGGAAUUGCGGCGCGCGCGGGAGGAGGUGGCGGAGCUGGAGGAGCAGAUCCGGCAGCUGUGCGGGUCGGCGGCGCAGCGCGAGCAGCAGUUCCGGCUGCUGAUUAGCGAGAUGGAGGAGGAGGUGAGCGCCACGCACGCCAUGGCCAUGGUCGCCAUCGAGCGCGAGGAGCGCGCCGACCAGUCCCUGCGCGCGCUCAGGCUCGCGCACGCGCAGCUCCUGGCGGAGCUGCGGGGGAACGGCAAGGCGCAGGCGCAGGCGCACGGCAAGGCGGGAGCAGAGAUGGCACCGGGUCAGACGCCGGAGACGUGCCCGUGCUGCCCGCAUGGGGACGGGUGGUGUGUGGGGAGGCACGGGAGGCGCGUGGAGAGGGACGGGAGGCGCGUGGAGAGGGACGGGAGACCUGUGAUGCCCGGCGGUGGGGAGGAGGGGCGGAGUUGUGUGGAGGGAGGACCUGGGGAUGGGGAGUGCGGUGGGCAAGGGGGGCAGAGCAGAGAGUGCGGUCCCACUGAGGGCGUCAUGGGCGGCAAGGGGCAAGCGAGGCACAGAGAGGGGUGCGCAAAGCACAUGGCGCAUGCAGGCGAGGGGGGCGGCAGGCAGGCAGGGGCGGGGGCGAAGUGGCUGGCGGGGGAGGUGGGGGCGCUGGUGCGGGACGCGGAGAGGGUGUGCGAGCGCGCGGAGGAGAGCAACUGGCUGGAGCAGGGCGCGCUGCAGCUGUGCGUCGCGCUGAAGCUGCUGCUGCUCAAGGUCCGCGCGGGCAGGGGGACGCGGAGGGGCGCGCGGGGGAAGUGGAGGCAGCGGGAUGGGGAGGGGGAAGGGGAGGAGGAGGAGGGAAGCAGGCUGAUUGGGGUGCUGGCGGAAGGGAUCGUUGCUGGGGAGGAGGAUGAGUGGUCGGAGGAGGGAGGCGAGGCGGUGGAGGUGGAGGAGGAGCGAAAUACUGGACACAGCAGGGACGAGGGCAGGUGGUGUGCGGGGAGGCGUGGCGUUGAUCCCAUGCGCGAGGGCGUGUGGGUGGGUGAAGAGGAGCGCGUCAUGGAUGGUAGAGGAGAGGAGGAUGAGGAAGAUGAGAAGAGAAGAUGGGACGAAGAGAUAAGGAGAGAGGAGGAAGAGAGAAGAGAGCAGAGAAGAGAAGAGGAAGAGAGGAUAAAGCAGGAGAAGUGGAAAGAGGAAAAAAAGAGGAGAGAGGAGGAAGAGAGGAGAGAGGAAGAGAGGAGAGAGGAGGAAGAGAGGAGAAAGGAGGAAGAGAGAAGAGAGAAGGAAGAGAGAAGGGAGGACGACAAGAGAAUAGAGGAGGAAGAGAGGAGAAUGGAGGAAGAGAGGAGAGAGGAGGAAAAACGUAGAGAGGAUGGUGAAAAAGAACGGGAAGAGAGGAGGAGAUGUGAUGAGCGAGGAAGGGCGGAAGAUGAGCACGAGGAGAACGAGAGAAGUGUAAGGAAGGAGAGCGAGGAGGUGGAGGAAGGGGAGGUGUUGAGCGAGAGUGGAUCAGAGGAGGGGUGGUAUGAUGCAGCUGCUGCUGACGAGGACGAGGGUGCACCUGUUGUGGCGGCCACGUGUGACGGGCAGGCUGGGAUUGGGGCUGUGGAGACGAGUGUGCUGGGGGGCGAAAGCUGGGGGGAGGAGAGUGGGGGACGUGAAGCUGACGAGCUGUUGGGGACGAGAGAAGGAGAGGAGGUCCGGGGGAGUGAGGAGGAGAUCAUGGAGAGUGCUGAGAAUGGGGAUGAGGAGGACGGCGAGAGCGAGGACGAGGAUGGAGAGGAGGAGAUGGAUGAGGAGGAGGAGGAAGAGGGGGAACGAUACGGAGAGGCAGGCAGCAGCAUGGGCCCAUCACUACUGGAGCAGGGCGAGAGCAAGGAGAGGGCGGAGAAGGGGGAGAAGGGGUGGCCGGGUAUGGAGGCACGUGUGGUGGAGGCGGCAGUGGAAAAGUCUCAUGUCCAGGUGCAGGAGGCAGAGAGGCUCCUUGCGCGGGCUGAGAAAACACUGGAGCGGUUUGCGGCUGUGGAGAAGCGCGGGCGCAAGCUGUGCCGGCACAUGGAGAAUAAGCAGCAGGUGCUUGCGGAGUUGCAGAAGGUCCUGCUGCAGGCUCAGGGGCAGGGCAUGCAUCGCAAGAUCUUUCCUGGGAAGUCUGAUAAAGUGCACACAAGCUGCAAGUUACUAUGGGGGACACAAGUCCACCCAAUUCCUUAG